GAGCGCCGCUGGGGACGCGGAGACCCGGCGGCUGACGCGCGUGGGCCGCUGCCUAGUCGUCCGCCCAAGAUGGAGUUCCUCCUGGGGAACCCGUUCAGCACGCCGGUGGGGCAGUGCCUCGAAAAGGCUACAGACGGCUCCCUGCAGAGCGAGGACUGGACGCUGAACAUGGAGAUCUGCGACAUCGUCAACGAGACGGAGGAAGGGCCAAAGGAUGCCAUUCGAGCCCUGAAGAAGCGGCUCAACGGGAACCGGAACUACCGAGAGGUGAUGCUGGCGCUGACGGUGCUGGAGACGUGCGUGAAGAACUGUGGCCACCGCUUCCACGUCCUCGUGGCCAACCGGGAUUUCAUCGACGGCGUCCUGGUCAAAAUCAUCGCUCCCAAGAGCAACCCGCCGACCAUCGUGCAGGACAAGGUGCUGGCUCUCAUCCAGGCGUGGGCCGACGCCUUCCGGAGCAGCCCUGACCUCACGGGUGUCGUGCACGCGUACGAGGAGCUGAAGAGGAAGGGCGUGGAGUUCCCCAUGGCCGACCUGGACGCGCUGUCCCCCAUACACACACCCCAGCGGAGCGUCCCGGACGUGGACCCAGCCGCCACCACGCCCAGGUCCCAGUCGCAGCCGAGGACGAGCGGCGGCUCCUCGGCGCCGCAGGCCCCGGCUCUGAGCACCGCGGGCCCCAUCACGGCCACUUCCGAGCAGAUCGCCAGGCUGCGGAGCGAACUGGACGUCGUUCGGGGAAACACAAAGGUCAUGUCCGAGAUGCUAACGGAGAUGGUCCCCGGGCAGGAGGACUCGUCCGAUCUGGAGCUGCUGCAGGAGCUGCACAGGACCUGCCGCGCCAUGCAGCAGCGCGUCGUGGAGCUCAUCUCCCGCGUGUGCAACGAGGAGGUCACCGAGGAGCUGCUGCACGUCAACGAUGACCUCAACAACGUCUUCCUCCGAUACGAGAGGUUCGAACGAUACAGGUCAGGCCGAUCCGUUCAAAAUGCCAGUAAUGGAGUGCUGAGCGAAGUGACAGAGGACAACCUCAUCGACCUAGGCCCGGGGUCUCCAGCCGUGGUGAGCCCGACCGUGGGAGGCGCGGUGCCCCCGUCUUCCCUCUCCUCCCAGCUCGCGGGCUUGGACCUGGGCGCGGAGAGUGUCAGCGGCACCCUGAGCUCGCUCCAGCAGUGCCACCCCCGGGACGGCUUUGACAUGUUCACCCAGACCAGAGGGAGCUCCGCGGCUGAGCAGCGCAAGACGGCCACCUGCGAGGACCCCCAGGCCGUCGGAGUGCUUGCCUCUGCGGUAGACGAUCGGAAACAGAGCCCCGAAGUGAAGAGAGGUAAAGGUGGGGACUCUGACCUGGAGCCCAUAGACAGCUGGCUCAUAGCCCAAGGAAUGAUCCCCGUGGUGCAGCCGUCUGUCAUGGACGACAUUGAGGUGUGGCUCAGGACCGACCUGAAGGGCGACGACCUGGAGGAGGGCGUCACGAGCGAAGAGUUCGAUAAAUUCCUUGAAGAAAGGGCCAAAGCUGCCGAAAUGGUUCCCAACCUCCCCUCUCCCCCAGCGGAGGCUCCGGCCCCGGCCUCAAACCCCUGCAGCCGGAAGAAGCCGGAGCAGUCAGAGGACGCCCUCUUCGCCCUGUGAGCUGUCCUGUGGUUGGGCACCCCCACGGCAGGUCACCUCUAGCUCCCCCGCAUCCACACCGGGCACUGGCCACCCUUCCCGUCCCCGGCUCCCACCUGGUCCUGCGCUGCUGUGUCUCCAUGGAAACGCCACUGUUUGCUCCCAGCCCCCACCCCCCCACCCCCCGCUAGUCAGGACCAGCUGCUGCCGCCCUCUCUGUGGGCAGCGGGACAGCGCCGCUGCAGCCACAGCCCCGCAACUGCUGCUCUGCCUGCCACCAGCUGCCCCUGCCUGUUUCUUCCCAGGAAGAGUCCGCAGCUGGUCCAGCACCAGGCAGGGCCGUACGUUCGGCUCUGUUCCUGAGCGGUUC